GUAACGGAUCCACCAAGGGAGAAGGAUGACAAUAAUAAUGUCCCCGGCUGGUUCCCGCGGCGCCCAAGUCUUCAUAUCAUGAUAACCACUGGGCCUGUCGCCCAUAUGAUGCCAAUGGCGGCUCGGAGUGGGUGCUGGAUUGCGUGGUGCCAGGCUAUCCUUUUCGGUGUGUCCGGGCUGGUGAUACUGGCUGAAAGAAGCGCGCGUAAGUGGAUACCAAAUGCUUCAGUAGCCUAGCCACUGUAGUAUUCUGCAAAUAAACAUUCACAUCACGUUCAGUCAAGCCUUGGUUGGACUGCGUUAGUGAUCUUCAAUUAGUUAUAUGCAAUGGUAGAGUGGUUUUUCGGGGAAAUGUUGUAUUAUGGACUUCAUGGAAUGCGUAUUUAGCUAGCUACACGUCUAUGGCUUGCUAAUUCAGGGACAGUUCAGCAUCACUUGGCUAACGUUAGCCGAGUAACGUUAGCCACAUUAGCUAGCUACUGUAAAUGGAUACGUUAAUGUGUCCCGGUAACAUUGCACAAAUUACCACCAACCUUUCUGUUUAAUUCUCAAUAAGUGAAUAGCCAGUUUCAUUGUGGUCUUUUAAGUUGAAGGCUAGCCUUUAUUUCUACCGAGUGUGCCUUCUCAAAAUGUACGAUAAAGUCAUGCGGUCUGUGACAGCUUUUGACUAGUUUAGAAAACCCAAUUUAGCUACUGUACUGGCCUGGCCAAUCAUCUCUGCUAACUACAUUCAAUCAACAUGCAUGUCGCAAUUAAUACCGAUAAUAAGAAAAAUCGAUUUGGUGAUGUUUGAUUUUGUAUGCAUAUCACACGCGGGUCAGUCGAAGGGCACCUAGGAGAUUAGGUCUCCUCCGCACCGUUAUUCGGGAAACGGGCGCGGUACAUCCUUGUGUGAAUAGCCCUGAGUAAGCAGAGCAAUGACAAGGUCGUCACUAGUUACCACAGCCACAAAGUCAUAAAGCCCUCCUAUUUGAUUUUAACCCUGACCUUGACCCUAACCUUAAUCACACUGCUAACCCUAAACUGAAAUUAAGACGAAAAAGCUAAUUUUUGUUUUCAUACAUUUUUACGAUAUAGAAAAUGUUGACUUUGUGGUUGUGAAAACCCAAUGGAGAAGGGCAGUAGCAAAAGACAAAGAGCCCCAGCAAAGGCGACUGACUGCGCGCGAAGCAACUUUGGCCUCCACACAGAUGGCUUUCACCGGAUAAAACUACUGUGCCUUCAAUAUAUAACUCAUAUUUAUUUUGGGGGGAAUUUAAUGUAAUAUCUUAUGUUCUUGUUUAUAACCGUUCUGUACUUUGUCAUGUAUUUGUACGUUUUAUGUUGACCCCAGGAAGAGGACCUGCUGCAUGUGUAGUAGCUAAUGGGGAUCCAAAUAAACUAAGCCUGAGAGCCUCUCUAGGGCCCCACCAACAGAGACAGCCAGUCCAGAUGGAUAAGACAGAAAUAAUCAUUAUCUAGUUAUCAAGAGCUUGCCAAGUUUGUGGUCAAGAGGCAUACACAUGAAUAGCAUUUAAUUAAUGAUAAUCAAUACAUUUGAUAUGGCUUUGACAUGUCUGUUUUUAGUGUGAAAUAAAGGCGAGGGGAUUGUUUCCAAAUAUACCAUUCAUUCAUUUAUCCAGCCCCCACUCACUAAGUCACUCACCUCACUCACUCGUUUAUUUAUGUGGCUGGCCUUGUGUGCAAUGGAAUGUAUCACCAUUCACUCCCACCAUAGACUGUACAGAGUGUAACCAAAAGUAAGUCGGAGACACCUUCAAAUAUGAAACAAUGGUUUUAGAACAUGAGGCGCCAUAGAAUGAAACCAAAAAUAUUCUGUAUGUAGGUAAAUAGACCUUGUAGUACACGGAUUACAUUGAUAUACAUUUAUUAUUAUUAUUAUUAUUAUUAUAUAACAUACCUAUUUCUUCCCUCUUUGUGUGUGUGAUCUAUAAAGAGAUCUACUGUGUAGGAUUCUACCUAUGGAAUGAGGAAACGCAGUGGGCGGGGAUGACCCUCACCUUCCUGUUGCCGGGGAUACUGGUCCAGGUGUUGAGUCUCAGGUGGUACCGUGACGACGGGGAAGACCACUAUUGGUUCCUGACCCUCACACAUGUGUUGCAACUGGGCAUCUUCCAAAGGUGAGCCCACCUGAACAAUGGCUACACCUGGGUGUGUUCGAUAGGCACAAAAUGUAAGAAAACUGAUUGAAAUGUGGAGGUACUAGCUGAACUUGACCAAUUAGAAAUGGCCGCUUUUGUUUUCUGUGGCAAAAUGUUUUAGAACGUUUUGUUAGUGUGCCUUAAUGAACAGGACCGUGACAACAGAGCAAUCUGCCUCAGAAUUAGAAAUUGACGGAGCAGUUGCUUUGAGUAAUUCAAAGUAACAAUCAUUUUGAAACCAGCCACUGAUUUACUUAGUUGGAUUAAUAAGAUCUGCUAUCCUAUUUGCCCUCUAGUAGUAUACCGGAAGUGAUGGGCGUUAGAGGUUACCUUGAGAGGUUUACAUCAUUAAACCUAAAAUCUUUGCAUUUUCUGUGUAGAGAAUCUUUAGAAUUCUACAUAUCUAAAUUGCAGACACACAAUUCCACGAACACAUAUCAUCAUACACAUCCACCAUACAAAACCAACUACCUUCUAGCUCUGCCCCCAUUGCACCAGCUCUAUCUUAGCCAUUGGUCUUUGUCUCCUCCUUCUGGCAGGUUGUGGGACUGCAUGAUGUCCGUAUGGGACAUGCAGGGUACUGCGGGGGAGCUCGGGGCGGCUGUGAUGCAGCAGGCCGAUGUGUCCGCCCUCCGCCUGUUGGAGGCCCUGGUACUCACCCUCCCUCAGACCCUGCUGCAGACCUACAUCUUAGCUGUCACUGACGUGGAACUCGACUCCCCGGGUAAGACAUCACUGUACCCAGGUGAUGCUUAAUUUAAUUAAUUACGAAGAAAUAAACAUGUAGCCUGAAUCAUAUGUAAUUAAUUACUAUGUAAUAAUUAAAAUGUUACCAUCUCUUAGUAGGCCGGUAUUCAUAGUAGGAGUGCUAAUCUAGGAUCAGGUCCCAUCCAUGUGAUCUUGUUAAUUAUGAUCCACAAGUUUGUAGUUUAUACUUGGGCUCCCGAGUGGCGCAGUGGUCUAAGGCACUGCAUCUCAGUGCUUGAGGCAUCACUACAGACCCCCUGGUUCGAUUCCAGGCUGUAUCACAACCGGCCGUGAUUGGGAGUCAAAUAGGGCGGGGCACAAUUGGCCAAGCGUCGUCCGGGUUUGGCCGGUGAAGGCCGUCAUUGUAAAUUUAUUUUUAUUUAUUUAACCUUUAUUUAACCAGGUAAGCCAGUUGAGAACAAGUUCUCAUUUACAACUGCGACCUGGCCAAGAUAAAGCAAAGCAGUUCGAUAAAAACAACAACACAGAGUAACAUAUGGGGUAAAACAAACAUAAAGUCAAAAAUACAACAGAAAAUAUAUAUACAGUGUGUGCAAAUGUAGCAAGUUAUGGAGGUAAGGCAAUAAAUAGGCCAUAGUGCAAAAUAAUUACAAUUAGUAUUAACACUGGAAUGAUAGAUGUGCAAAAGAUGAUGUGCAAAUAGAGAUACUGGGGUGCAAAUGAGCAAAAAUAAAUAACAAUAUGGGGAUGAGGUAGUUGGGUGGGCUAAUUUCAGAUGGGCUGUGUACAGGUGCAGUGAUCGGUAAGGUGCUCUGACAACUGAUGCUUAAAGUUAGUGAGGGAGAUAAGAGUCUCCAGCUUCAGAGAUUUUUGUAGUUUGUUCCAGUCAUUGGCAGCAGAGAACUGGAAGGAAUGGCGGCCAAAGGAGGUGUUGGCUUUGGGGAUGACCAAUGAGAUAUACCUGCUGGAGCGCAUACUACGGGUGGGUGUUGCUAUGGUGACCAAUGAGCUAAGAUAAGGCGGGGAUUUGCCUAGCAGUGAUUUAUAGAUGGCCUGGAGCCAGUGGGUUUGGCGACGAAUAUGUAGUGAGGACCAGCCAACAAGAGCGUACAGGUCACAGUGGUGGGUAGUAUAUGGGGCUUUAGUGACAAAACGGAUGGCACUGUGAUAGACUACAUCCAAUUUGCUGAGUAGAGUGUUGGAGGCUAUUUUGUAAAUGACAUCGCCGAAGUCAAGGAUCGGUAGGAUAGUCAGUUUUACGAGGGCAUGUUUGGCAGCAUGAGUGAAGGAGGCUUUGUUGCGAAAUAGGAAGCUGAUUCUAGAUUUAACUUUGGAUUGGAGAUGCUUAAUGUGAGUCUGGAAGGAGAGUUUACAGUCUAACCAGACACCUAGGUAUUUGUAGUUGUCCACAUACUCUAGGUCAGACCCGUCAAGAGUAGUGAUUCUAGUCGGGUGGGCGGGUGCCAGCAGUGUUCGAUUGAAGAGCAUGCAUUUAGUUUUACUUGUGUUUAAGAGCAGUCGGAGGCUACGGAAGGAGUGUUGUAUGGCAUUGAAGCUCGUUUGGAGGUUUGUUAACACAGUGUCCAAUGAAGGGCCAGAUUUAUACAAAAUGGUGUCGUCUGCGUAGAGGUGGUUCUGAGAAUCACCAGCAGCAAGAGCGACAUCAUUGAUAAACACAGAGAAAAGAGUCGGCCCAAGAAUUAAACCCUGUGGCACCCCCAUAGAGACUGCCAUAGGUCCAGACAACAGGCCCUCCGAUUUGACACAUUGAACUCUAUCUAAGAAGUAGUUGGUGAACCAGGCGAAGCAGUCAUUUGAGAAACCAAGGCUAUUUAGUCUGCCAAUAAGAAUGCGGUGGUUGACAGAGUCAAAAGCCCUAGCCAGGACGAUGAAGACGGCUGCACAGUACUGUCUAUUAUCGAUCGUGGUUAUAAUAUCGUUUAGGACCUUGAGCGUGGCUGAGGUGCACCCAUGACCAGCUCGGAAACCGGAUUGCAUAGCGGAGAAGGUACGGUGUGAUUCAAAAUGGUCGGUGAUCUGUUUGUUAACUUGGCUUUCUAAAACUUUCGAAAGGCAGGGCAGGAUGGAUAUAGGUCUGUAACAGUUUGGAUCUAGAGUGUCACCCCCUUUGAAGAGGGGGAUGACCGUGGCAGCUUUCCAAUCUCUGGGGAUCUCAGACAUUACGAAAGAGAGGUUGAACAGGCUAGUAAUAGGGGUUGCGACAAUUUCGGCGGCUAAUUUUAGAAAGAAUGGGUCCAGAUUGUCUAGCCCAGGUGAUUUGUAGGGGUCCAGAUUUUGCAGCUCUUUCAGAACAUCAGCUAUCUGAAUUUGUGUGAAGGAGAAGCGGGGGAGGCAUGGGCAAGUUGCAGCGGAGGGUGCAGAGCUGGUGACCUGGGUAGUGGUAGCCAGGUGGAAAGCAUGGCCAGCCGUAGCAAAAUGCUUGUUGAAAUUCUCGAUUAUUGUAGAUUUAUCGGUGGUGAUAGUGUUUCUUAGCCUCAGUGCAGUGGGCAGCUGGGAGGAGGUGCUCUUAUUCUCCAUGGACUUUACAGUGUCCCAAAACUUUUUGGAGUUAGUGCUACAGGAUGCACAUUUUUGUUUGAAAAAGCUAGCCUUUGCUUUCCUAACUGCUUGUGUAUAUUGGUUCCUAACUUCCCUGAAAAGUUGCAUAUUGCGGGGGCUAUUCGAUGCUAAUGCAAUACGCCACAGAAUGUUUUUGUGCUGGUCAAGGUCAGUCAAGUCUGAGGAGAACCAGGGGCUAUAUCUGUUCUUAGUUUUGAAUUUUUUGAAUGGGGUAUGCUUAUUUAAGAUUGAGAGGAAAGCACUUUUAAAGAACAACCAGGCAUCCUCUACUGACGGAAUGAGAUCGAUAUCCAUCCAGGAUACCUGGGCCAGGUCAAUUAGGAAGGCCUGCUCGCUAAAGUGUUUUAGGGAGCGUUUGAGGGGUGGUUGUUUGACCGCGGACCCAUUACGGACGCAGGCAAUAAGGCAGUGAUCGCUGAGAUCCUGGUUGAAGACAGCGGAGGUGUAUUUAGAGGGUAAGUUAGUCAGGAUGAUAUCUAUAAGGGUGCCCAUGUUAACGGAUUUAGGGUUGUACCUGGAAGGUUCCUUGAUAAUUUGUGUGAGAUUGAGGGCAUCUAGUUUAGAUUGUAGGACGGCUGGGGUGUUAAGCAUAUCCCAGUUUAGGUCACCAAGCAGUACGAACUCUGAGGAUAGAUGGGGGGCAAUCAAUUCACAUAUGGUGUCCAGAAAACAGCUGGGGGCUGAGGGGGGUCUGGGAUAGGAUAAAAGUAAUCCUUCUACCCUCCCCCUACCCCACCAAAAUUUUUUUUUUUAUAACAAUAAUAAUAAUUUGAUAUAUUGUAAAGUGGUUGUCCCACUGGCUAUCAUAAGGUGAAUGCACCAAUUUGUAAGUCUCUCUGGAUAAGAGCGUCUGUUAAAUGAUGAAAAUGUAAAAUGAAAAUGUAGCAAGCGGCAACAGUGAGAGACUUAUUUCUGGAAAGGUGGAUUUUUAGAAGUAGGAGCUCAAACUGUUUGGGCACAGACCUGGAUAGUAUGAUAGAGCUCUGCAGGCUAUCUCUACAGUAGAUUGCAACUCCACCCCCUUUGGCAGUUCUAUCUAGACGGAAAAUGUUGUAGUUGGGGAUGGAAAUUUCUGAAUUUUUGGUGUUCAGAAAUGUUCAUUGGAAUCGCAGCAAACUGUACUGUCCAUCAGAUCGUGCCAGCUCAUCUGGGACCAUAGACGUAUAUAAUUAGGCUGGGACCCUUGUUGAGAAGCAAAAUGAUAGCCGGUUAUAGUCGGUCACUUAGAAAAUAUUGGUUAUUACUAUACAUGCCAUUUUCUUAGUAAAUACCUUGUCAUUUUUGUACCCAAAAAUGUCUGUAUACUGUAAAAAAUGUCUUACAUUUCUUUCUCUCUCUCUCCCCCCACUCCCUUCCCCACCCUUCCACAGUAGCGGUGUGUGCGGGCCUAUGCCUGCUAUCGCUGUCCUGGGCGCUGGUGCUGUUCAGCCGGGCGUGCUGCCUGAUCCGCCCGGGCCAUCUGGCCAUGCCCCCGGCCGCCCUGCUGUGCCAGCUGCUGUGGAGGGCGGGCAUGCUGGGUGCCCGAGUGGCCAGCCUCAUGUCCUUUGCCCGCUACUUCCACUGGUGGACCUGCGGAGUGGCAGGUGAGAGAGAGAGAGAGAGAGAGAGAGAGAGAGAGAGAGAGAGAGAGAGAGAGAGAGAGAGAGAGAGAGAGAGAGCGAGAGCGAGAGCGCAGGGCAACAGCUGGAGAAACAAGAGGGCUUUUCACACUACUGAGCAAAACCGAGCCAAGCCAAACUAAGCUGUACUGAGCUGGCACCCUCCAUAGUUGCUGGAACCGUGCUGAAAAAAAGAUGCAAGGUACGAGAUAGGGAAGAGACCUUCAAUGUUUAAAAGCUUUAAGAAGAUCAUACCAAGGAUAAUUUUUCUAUUUAAUUUUGAAUUUUAAGAGCCCUUGGAGUAUAAAAAAUGUAUAUAACAAAGUUAUUUAAUAAAAAAGCACAGUUUGGUUCUGGUCGGCGUGAUCGAAUGAAAAAGGUACGAGAUAGGGAAGAGACCUUCAAUGUUUAAAAGCUUUAAGAAGAUCAUACCAAGGAUAAUUUUUCUAUUUAAUUUUGAAUUUUAAGAGCCCUUGGAGUAUAAAAAAUGUAUAUAACAAAGUUAUUUAAUAAAAAUAUAUUUUUGGCCUUACUGCUAUUAGCCCAUACAAAUGCAUUGAAUAACAGAUUCACUACAUGGAACAACAGAUAGUCCCCCCAAAUAAUCUAAUGGGAGUUUGUUCUGAAAUGUCUAUCCUAUAUCUGAGAGAUAUAAGUAAGAUUAGUCUCCAUAUACUGUAUACUUCCAUACAUAUUUUCAACUGGUACCGGCGGACCUUCAGAUGUGUCUUGUGAGGCCUGUGGGCGUCCUAGAGCAAAACAACAUGUACGUGUUCGUGAGAGUCUCACCUUUACACAGAGGGGUCAUAUUAGUGUGUAGCCCAAACUGUUUGGACGCUACAGACAUAUGUUGGCAGAUCGGCUGUACCGACUUCAGACGAGUCCCAAGGCUCUUGUGGGGGUCGUUGAGCAAAACGGAGAACACCAUUGUGUUCGUGAGAGUCUCAUCUUUCCAUAGCGGGGUCAUAAUAGUAAUAAUAAUAAUAAUAAUAAUAAUAAUAAUAAUAAUAAAUAAUAAUAAUUUUAACCCCUCCCCUUUGUCCGAUAACCACACCCCUCCUCUGACAUGAAAAACUGACCUGGGAACUUUAUCAGUGAAUAUUUCUGUACAUGAGAACACUGAGCCUGGGAUCAAAUCCUCUAACUAGAGAAUAUCUAGUACUUGGUUGUUACAGAAGAUGAACUGUUUUAUCGAUACAGACCGAAUGGGAGAAAUUACCUCCAAGCUAACUGUUAUUUAGAGGUAGUCUAGGUUGGUGACCUAGAUCCUUAUUGGAUAUCCGAAUGAAGCCCACUUGUGCAGUAUUUGUACAGUAUACUGUUUUUCGAUUGUAACACCAGUGUUCCACUAGUGUAUACGCCCUUAUGUAAACUAGGGAAAUUGUGUUUCCAUAGCUAGUGCUGACAGUAGUAGCAUAAUCAACAAUCUCUGCAUUAUCAAAACAGUUGCUUUGUGAGAAGGUGUUAAAGUCCACAGUUGGCCAUUGUUAUGUAAAUGUCAGCUGAAAAGUACCAGUGGCCUGGCUUUGGCCGCAGGUGAGAGCAGGUCCGCCGGAGCCACCCCAGUCAGACACGUGUGCCAGCCCACGUAGAUAGAAACAGAAAAGACUGAGCCAUAUGUACAGUAUUUGUUUGUCACUAUUACCUAGAAGGCCAUGUGUCUUUUAAAACAUUGUAAGCCCUUUAUAAGCCCCAUAAUAUCCUACAUUAUAUGCAUCUUGUCUUCUAUCCUUAAUUUCUGUCAUUCAUAUAGAGAGAAUUCAGUUGAAUCUUUUGUAUUCUAUACAUUUAGAUCUAUAGUUGUUUUAUACAACAUUAACGGUAAGUAGCUUUACGUAAAAUCUGAUGGUCACACAUAUAUAAAAUGUAAUUUAUUGCUUCUGAGUUAAACAUUUAUGUUGGUAUUGAGUUAAAGAGUAUAUUAUUAGACCAUAGCCUAUAAGGUUUAACCUUUUUUCGUUGUGGUUCUGCACUUUUCUCUUUAUCAGCGUUUGUUUAUUUCCUACAAUACUCCAGUGUUAGUAGUACAGCACUAUGGGUAGGGUUUGUGGGUGCAACAUACCCAUAGAAAUGUAUUGUAUACUGUAGAACAAAUACUUUGUAAAACAUAUGGGUUGUCUGUCAUGAGGUUUAGUGUCAACUCUAUUACAUUUCUAUCUGCAACACUGAAUGUUUCACCUCACUGAAUACACCCCAUGUAGUCCCGUGUAGCUCAGUUGGUAGAGCAUGGCGCUUGCAACGCCAGGGUUCUGGGUUCGUUUCCCAAGGGGGACCAGUACGAAAAUGUAUGCACUCACUAACUGUAAGUCGCUGUGGAUAAGAGCGUCUGCUAAAUUACUCAAAUGUAAAUGUAAUAAUAGUUUGUAGGCCAAACCGUUCGGCCGCUACAGACAAUUCUGUGAGAAUACCAUUUUUCAGGAAGUGUUACAAAGGCGGAUGUGGUGGAUUGAGACACAUCCAAUGCAAAAAUAUAUCUCUAGCUUAAACUGACAGAUUUUUAUGGUGAUUUUUUUAUUAGGCUAAUUCAGGUGCCUUGCAAAAGUAUUCAUCCCCCUUGGCGUUUUUCCUAUUUUGUUGUAUUACAACCUGUAAUUUAAAUAGAUUUUUAUUUGGAUUUCAUGGAAUGGACAUACACAAAAUAGUCCAAAUUGGUGAAGUGAAAUGAAAAAAAGAACUUGUUUAAAAAAAUUUGACAAAAUAUAUAACGGAAAAGUGCAUAUGUAUUCACCCCCUUUGCUAUGAAGCCCCUAAAUAAGAUCUGAUGCAACCAAUUACCUUCAGUAGUCACAACAUUAGUUAAAUAAAGUCCACCUGUGCGCAAUCUCAGUAUAUAUACACCUGUUCUGAAAGGCCCCAGAAGACCAAGGAGCUCUCCAAACAGGUCAGGGACAAAGUUGUGGAGAAGUACAGAACAGAGAGGCAACAACAAAUAGACCAAAGAUAACCCUGAAGGAGCUGCAAAGCUCCACAGCGGAGAUUGGAGUAUCUGUCCAUAGGACCACUUUAAGCCGUACACUCCACAGAGCUGGGCUUUACGGAAGAGUGACCAGAAAAAAGCCAUUACAUAAAGAAAAAAUAAGCAAACACAUUUGGUGUUCGCCAAAAGGCAUGUGGGAGACUCCCCAAACAUAUGGAAGAAGGUACUCUGGUCAGAUGAGACUAAAAUUGAGCUUUUUGGCCAUCAUCGGCAGGGACUGGGAAACUGGUCAGAAUUAAAGGAAUGAUGGAUGGCGAUAAAUACAGAGAAAUUCUUAAGGGAAACCUGUUUCAGUCUUCCAGAGAUUUGAGACUGGGACGGCGGUUCACCUUCCAGCAAGACAAUGACCCUAGGCAUACUGCUAAAGCAACACUCGAGUGGUUUAAGGGGAAACAUUUAAAUGUCUUGGAAUGGCCUAGUCAAAGCCCAGACCUGUGGUAUGACUUAAAGAUUGCUGUACACCAGCGGAACCCAUACAACUUGAAGGAGCUGAAGCAGUUUUGCCUUGAAGAAUGGGCAAAAAUCCCAGUGGCUAGAUGUGCCAAGCUUAUAGAGAUACCCAAAGAGACUUCCAGCUGUAAUUGCUGCAAAAGGUGGCUCUACAAAGUAUUGACUUUGGGGGGGGUGAAUAGUUAUGCAUGCUCAAGUUUUCUUUUUUUUUUGUCUUAUUUCUUGUUUGUUUCAAAAUAAAAAAAUAUUUUGCAUCUUCAAAGUGGUAGGCAUGUUGUGUAAAUCAAAUGAUACAAACCCCCCAAAAAUCCAUUUUAAUUCCAGGUUGUAAGGCAACAAAAUAGGAAAAAUGCCAAGGGGGGUGAAUACUUUCGCAAGCCACUGUACAUUUCCGCCCAGGCAAAAGGGGUUAAGGCCAGGCACCACAGGCUGAAAUUCCAUUUUUGCAUCUACCUAUCAAUUUUGAGAUUUUGGGGUAUUUUCAAAAAGUAAACAAACAUUUCAAAAACCUGAUGAAUGUAUAUUUUUAGUUCAACAUACUACCAUCAUCAACAUGUUAAUUCAUUUUAACCACUUUAAAAUGGACAUACAUCAAUAAUUUCAAAGCUCACGACAUUGAAUUACACAAUUUCAAAGCCCAUUUCAUAGAGAAUGUUACAAACUGGAAUACAUUUAGUAACUCACUUUGAAGAGAUGGUGAUUGGGUCUAAAUAGGCUUUUGGCGUUUGGUAGUCUUAAUUCAGUGUACUUGUCUUUUAACUGCCAUUUCCCUGAAAGUCAGACUCUUCCCACACUAUAUAUUUUCGGCUUCAGAAGCAUCUGCAUUCACCAGAUUUUGUUUGGUUAUCCUUAGAUAUAUUCUCCAGACUUUCCCAAAAGAGAUUAUUGAUAUGCUGUCAAUUUGUUAUUUUAGAUAACAUUUUAUUCUGGGAAAAAAAGGAGGAGAGAGAGAGAAAAUGGAAUGGUGUUAUUAUGUUGGUUUUAUAACUCCUUGAUCAUCAAGGAACUUGGUUGUAGUAAAUAAUGCAUCAAUGCAGAUUCGAGAUCCUUCACAAUCAUCUGACAGCACAACCAAUCAAAAUUGUAAAUUAUAAUAAACUAAUUUGACCUACAAUUGACCUCUACGUGCAUUAUACCGAAUUUACAAAGCCUCAGGUUAAAAUAUAAAUAAAUAAAUAUAUUAUAUAAAAUCAAUAAAACGCAUCUAUCUUCACACUGCAACACAUGUUUUCCUUCAAAGCUCAUUCCUUGGCAACCAGUGUCCACCUACAUGACUAUGCACAAUACCUCUAAUACAGAGGAGUCUGGUGGUAGGAAUGGAAUAAAUGGAAGUCAAAUGUGAUUUCCAUAUGUUUGAUGUGUUUAAUACCAUUCCAUUGAUUCCAUUCCAGUCUUUACAAUGAGCCCAUCCUCCUAUAGCUCCUCCCAACAGCCUCCUCUGCUCUAAUACCUCUCUGGCCCUGCUGUAUUCGCACGCACGCACGCACACACACAAACUUACUUUCUCACACACACUCUCACAUACACAUACUGUAUUCCCACCACAGUGCCGCUCCGCUGUCUAAUACACUCUCAGCUAGCUAUCUAUUUUUACGCUGACCUCCAGGCUUCCACUGGCUCAUGGCGUCCUUCUGGCUGGUCGCCCAGCAACCCGAAAUCUGCACCGGCCCCUGGCGCUGGCGCCUCUUCAACUCUGCGCUGGGAUUGGUCCACGUCUUCCUCUUCCUCAACGUCAAAGACGGCCCCUCGCGCUUUCGCAUGGCCGGCUUCUACGUGGUACGUACAAGAGAGACUGCAGCACCCAGCCUCACCCUACUAGAAUCGGAAGUCAAAUGUCUACUGUUUGCUGAUGACCUGUUGCUUCUGUCCCCAACCAAGGAGGGCCUACAGCAGCACCUAGAUCUUCUGCACAGAUUCUGUCAGAUUUGGGCCCUGACAGUAAAUCUCAGUAAGACAAAAAUAAUGGUGUUCCAAAAAAGGUCCAGUUGCCAGGACCACAAAUACAAAUUCCAUCUACACACCGUUGCCCUAGCGCACACCAUUUUUUAAAAUACAUACCUCGGCCUAAACGUCAGUGCCACAGGUAACUUCAACAAAGCUGUGAACAAUCUGAGAGACAAGGCAAGAAGGGCCUUCUAUGCCAUCAAAAGGAACAUAAAAUUUGACAUACCAAUUAGGGGAUCUGGCUAAAAAUGCUUGAAUCAGUUAUAGAACCCAUUGCCCUUUAUGGUUGUGAUGUCUGGGGUCCACUCACCAACCAAUAAUUCACAAAAUGGGACAAAUACCAAAUUGAGACUGCAUGCAGAAUUCUAGAAAGAUAUCCUCUAUGUACAACAUAAACACCAAAUAAUGCAUGCAGAGCAGAAUUAGGCCGAUGCCCGCUAAUUAUCAAAAUCCAGAAAAGAGACUCAAUUGUACAACAAUCUAAAAGGAAGGGAUUCCCAAACCUUCCAUAACAAAACCAUCACCUACAGAGAGAUGAACCUGGAGAAGAGUCCCCUAAGCAAGCUGGUCACAAACACAAACAGACCCCACAGAGCCCCAGGACAGCAACACAAUUAGACCCAACCAAAUCAUGAGAAAACAAAACUUACUUGACACAUUGGAAAGAAUUAACAAAAAAACUAAGCAAACUAGAAUGCUAUUUGGCCCUAAUUAGAGAGUACACAGUGGCAGAAUACCUGACCACUGUGACUGACCCAAAAUGAAGGAACGCUUUGACUAUAUACAGACUCAGUGAGCAUAGCCUUGCUAACGAGGGAGGCAGCCGUAGGCAGACCUGGCUCUCAAGAGAAGAAAGGCUAUGUGCACACUGCCUACAAAAUGAGGUGGCAUUCCUUUUGUUUAUUAUCUAUUUCACUUGCUUUGGAAAUGUAAACAUAUGUUUCCCAUGCCAAUACAGCCCUUUGAAUUUAAUUGGAGAGAGAGACAGACUGCAGCACCCGGCCUCACCCUACUAGAAUCGGAAGUCAAAUGUCUGUUUGCUGAUGAUCUGGUGCUUCUGUCCCCAACCAAGGAGGGCCUACAGCAGCACCUAGAUCUUCUGCACAGACAAAAAUAAUGGUGUUCCAAAAAAGGUCCAGUUGCCAGGAAGAAUUCAGUUGCUAGGAAGACAGAAUUCAGGAUAGGAUAAAUUUGGUUCACUGCCACUGAAUUGCCCUUUGGGGAUAAUAGGUCUGUUGAAUUGAAUUCUAUUCAUUAUGAUUUUUGUGCAUGUUCCGAUUCAGCUCCGUUUCAAUUUCCUACUUCUACGUGGUACGUAUGACGAAUUGGAGGACGAGGACUGCCAUUCGGGGACAGUAAAGAUCUGUUGAAUUGAAUCGAAUGUGCGGCAGAAUAUUCUGAUUGAGUUCUGUUUGAAUCUCCUGCUGCUUGUUGACAUUUGUUGUCUUAUGCGUUCACCCCUGUCUUUGUGACGAGUUGUAUGUUUUGUCUUUUUUGGGGGGCCUAUUAGUUCACUCACAUACUCAUAAUCAUGUUUAUAUGGGCGCACACACAGCUGCAGGUGCACACACACACACCCUUUCUGUCCUUGCAUUCCAUUGUCCCCUGUCUCAGUCCCGUCAUGACUUCUCCUGACCUCUUCUCCUAUAGGCCAUGCUACUGGAGAACACCACCCUACUAGUGGCAGCGUCCGACUUCCUCAGUGAGAAAUCAUGGGAUAGCAUGACCCUCCCUAUCGCUGUGCUGAGCAGCUUCCUGCUUGGUCAGUCACUCUUUGGAUACUCCAUAUUAUGUAGUAUUCAGUUUUAAGCCCCUGGUUACAGUGGGGGAAAAAAGUAUUUAGUCAGCCACCAAUUGUGCAAGUUCUCCCACUUAAAAAGAUGAGAGAGGCCUGUAAUUUUCAUCAUAGGUACACGUCAACUAUGAGAGACAAAAUAAGAAAAAUAAAUCCAGAAAAUCACAUUGUAGGAUUUUUAAUGAAUUUAUUUGCAAAUUAUGGUGGAAAAUAAGUAUUUGGUCAAUAACAAAAGUUUCUCAAUACUUUGUUAUAUACCCUUUGUUGGCAAUGACACAGGUCAAACGUUUUCUGUAAGUCUUCACAAGGUUUUCACACACUGUUGCUGGUAUUUUGGCCCAUUCCUCCAUGCAGAUCUCCUCUAGAGCAGUGAUGUUUUGGGGCUGUCGCUGGGCAACACGGACUUUCAACUCCCUCCAAAGAUUUUCUAUGGGGUUGAGAUCUGGAGACUGGCUAGGCCACUCCAGGACCUUGAAAUGCUUCUUACAAAGCCACUCCUUCGUUGCCCGGGCGGUGUGUUUGGGAUCAUUGUCAUGCUGAAAGACCCAGCCACGUUUCAUCUUCAAUGCCCUUGCUGAUGGAAGGAGGUUUUCACUCAAAAUCUCAUGAUACAUGGCCCCAUUCAUUCUUUCCUUUACACGGAUCAGUCGUCCUGGUCCCUUUGCAGAAAAACAGCCCCAAAGCAUGAUGUUUCCACCCCUAUGCUUCACAGUAGAUAUGGUGUUCUUUGGAUGCAACUCAGCAUUCUUUGUCCUCCAAACACGACGAGUUGAGUUUUUACCAGAAAGUUCUAUUUUGGUUUCAUCUGACCAUAUGACAUUCUCCCAAUCCUCUUCUGGAUCAUCCAAAUGCACUCUAGCAAACUUCAGACGGGCCUGGACAUGUACUGGCUUAAGCAGGGGGACACGUCUGGCACUGCAGGAUUUGAGUCCCUGGCGGCGUAGUGUGUUACUGAUGGUAGGCUUUGUUACUUUGGUCCCAGCUCUCUGCAGGUCAUUCACUAGGUCCCCUCGUGUGGUUCUGGGAUUUUUGCUCACCAUUCUUGUGAUCAUUUUGACCCCACAGGGUGAGAUCUUUUGUGGAGCCCCAGAUCGAGGGAGAUUAUCAGUGGUCUUGUAUGUCUUCCAUUUCCUAAUAAUUGCUCCCACAGUUGAUUUCUUCAAACCAAGCUGCUUACCUAUUGCAGAUUCAGUCUUCCCAGCCUGGUGCAGGUCUACAAUUUUGUUUCUGGUGUCCUUUGACAGCUCUUUGGUCUUGGCCAUAGUGGAGUUUGGAGUGUGACUGUUUGAGGUUGUGGACAGGUGUCUUUUAUACUGAUAACAAGUUCAAACAGGUGCCAUUAAUACAGGUAAUGAGUGGAGGACAGAGGAGCCUCUUAAAGAAGAAGUUACAGGUCUGUGAGAGCCAGAAAUCUUGCUUGUUUGUAGGUGACCAAAUACUUAUUUUCCACCAUAAUUUGCAAAGAAAUUAAUUAAAAAUCCUACAAUGUGAUUUUCUGGAUUUUUUUUCCUCAAUUUGUCUGUCAUAGUUGACGUGUACCUAUGAUGAAAAUUACAGGCCUCACUCAUCUUUUUAAGUGGGAGAACUUGCACAAUUGGUAGCUGACUAAAUACUUUUUUUCCCCCACUGUAUGCCUGAUGUCUGUGCACAGAACAAAGAAGAUGUUAAAAAGCUAUUACAAAGCUAAAGUCAAAGCUAUUACGUGUUAAAAGGAAACAAGUACUUCUUAAAUUCAAAUGUAGAUUUCAUUCAGGGCAAAUGUUUGCUACCAGAGAAACCUCAUUUCACAGAUUUAGUCAUGUUCAUGGCUGUAAGGGAUACAUUGUCUAUCUAAGGCACCACGUCAAGCUUCAGACACAACCAACCGUUCCCCAUAAGGAACUUUCAAUCCCAUCAUUUAACUGCCCUAACCUUUAAUGAAUACUAUAAUUUGUUCAUUAUUGUACAUCACUGUCCAUUCAAACACUCUGCAUCACACGGGGUGUGUUUCUAAGUCUCCCCCUCUCUUAUCUCUCCCUACUCCAGGUGCCACCUCUCUAGUCCUGUACUACCGCUUCCUCCACCCCAAGUCCACUGAGAUUGCCCAAGGCCAUGGCCUCAGCCACCGCAACCACCACAUGGGCUCCACCUGCCUGGAGGGCCUAGAGCAGGGCGAGUCUUCCUACUCCCUGGGGGGUGGGGGAGGUGACAAGAGCCUCCCCCCGGCCGCACCCUCCUCCCUGCACAAUCACGGCAGCUUCUCCCUCUCUGGCGUGGCCGGCUCCCUCCUGGAGCAUCCUGGGAGUUGCGGUCCCAGGCUGGGUAACUCGUGCCUCUGCCGCCACCACCACUGGCUCCUGAUUCGCUUGGCACUAAAAACGAGCGACGUAGGAAAGAUCAACCGGGCCUAUGGCGCCGGCGGCGUGGUGGCCAUCUUGGACGAGGACGAGUACUGUUGUAACUCAGAGGCCACGGGUACGGGUGGUGGCAGGACUACCACAGCGUUUGGGGGCAACUAUGUCGGGUUCUCCGGGGCCUCUGUGUCUGAAUCGCAGGGGACGAAGCGGGGCCUGGCACCCCUCUCGGACUGCAAGGAGGAGUUCCAGAGCGCCAGCGACGAGCCCACGUCCGCCGAGACACCUGACGAGGAGGAGAGUGAGGACAGCCUGGAGGACAUGCAGAGCCCGCUGGAGUCGCCGGUGUCGGACUCCUUAAAGCGCAGCUCGCCCGAGGGCAAAUCAGUGUUCGGGGACAGCCCCGAGCCCUACUUCUGCCCCAGUACCACCCUGUCCAGCUCCACACUGUACUUCAGCGCCGACCCCCAGUCCCCCAGCAGCACCAGCAACCCCCGCCUGGACCGGGCCAGCCCCCCCAUGGGCAUGGCAGGCCUCAGCUCCAUCCCCAGCGACCCCGCCCUGCACAGGGACGUCAGGGGACUGCAGAUGGGUCGGAUGGGACAUCGCUACACCUCCACACCCAAACUGGACUAUGGGACGCAGGGGGACUCACCGCCCAGCAUCCCUCAUCUGAGUGGUCCCAGGAGGCAGCUAAUACUGUCGCACCGAGACGAGGACGAUGGAUUUUAG